AUGGAAGCUCCACAACCGCAGGAGGAAAGCGAAGCCGAACGGCGUCGAAGAGCUGAGGAGGCAAUGGAACAAAUGCUAUUGGCGCAAGAAGAGGCCGAACAAGAGCUUGGUAAUGACGGCGACGACGAAGACAAUGGAGAUUUUCUCCAUGAGGAGGAUAUGAAUGGAGGAGACAAUAAUAACCAAGAGGAAAAUGAUGAUGAUGAGCUUCCAUUCCACCGCAAUUUGCUGGAAGGAAACGUGGAACGCAAGUCGUCUUUUAGCUACAUUCGGACCAGCUUCAUGGUGGCCUUUGCAUUAGUAUAUUAUGCACUAAGAACGAGACAACAAUGGUAUUUGGCGCUAGUGUUUUUGGGCUCCAGCAAGUGGGCCUAUAUCAUUUUGGGCAAUUUUCUAGUGGCUUCUUUGGUUUGGAUCUUUCAAACGUCUGUCAAAGUAUUUUUGAAUGGUUUGAGACUAGCCGAAGCGGAGGGAAUUGGGGAUUUCUUUCGGUGGAACAUUACGGAAACAUGUAUUGCAUUGACAAUGUUUCGGUCCGAACUCAAUGUCAAGACCAUGAUUUUGUUUUUGGUAUUGGUGCUGGCCAAGAGUCUUCACUGGGUUGCCGACAUGCGAGAGUCGCACCUGCGAAUGACCGAAGAAGCAGUGGUGACCAGUUCGAGUGACUGGCCCAAGCUGCAGUGGCAACAUUUGAAAUUACUAGUCUUUAUGGGCAGUUUGCAACUCAUGGAUAUUUUGGCGGUCAUUCAGUUUGCUGAAGAUAUUAUUGAUAAUGGAGCCACGGUCUCGGUACUCUUUGCCUUUGAAGGAGCCAUCUUGUUGACUUCGGUGAUUUCCAAUAUUUUGCUGUGGCACGUUCAUGCAAUGGACGGACUUUUUCACCACUGGCACGAAACAGCCGAUUCCCGCUCUUCAAGGCAUCACUGGAUCCAUAUCUGGAAGGAUCACAAGGCCACCUUGGUCUUUGCUGUUGAAGUACAGGCCCAAGCGGCCAAAUUCUUGUUUUAUGUUACCUUCUUUGCCAUUGUCAUGACCAACUAUGGGAUGCCCAUCAACUUGUUCCGCGAGGUCUAUGUGUCGUUCCAAGCACUUAAGUCGAGACUUGUUGCCUUUGGAAAGUACCGCCAACUCAUGGCCAAGAUGAGUACCUUUGAAUCGCCCAAUCAAGAAGAGAUUGAUGCGGAACCCAUUUGUAUUAUUUGUCGGGACGAAAUGACCAUUCACACAUCCGUCAAGUUGCCAGGGUGUGGGCACAUUUUUCACAAGUCUUGUUUGCGAGAAUGGUUGGUACAGCAACAGACUUGCCCGACUUGUCGGUCUGACAUUUUUGCCAUGGAUGCGAGGCAACGGCGACAGCUCAAUCUUCAAGAUUUGAUGCGGGAACAAGAACAACUGCAAGAACAGCUGCAUCAGCAACAGCACGAGCACGAGGAGGAAGUCAAUGAAGAGGGAAGUAUUGUUCCAGAAAAUGACAGCAAUGCCAGUGGCAGCGAUUUCAGUGAUGGGGAUUCCACUGACGAAACAGAGGAUGAAUCCAUUGUCGAGGAGGAAGCACAAGGUGGCACAAUGCACCAAUCCAGGUUGUUGGAUCGCAAUGCAUCGCUCCCACGCGGCAUCCCAGGAGGUGGAAACGACAGCUCCGCACCGUCAGCAAAAGCCGGAACUCGUGAUAAGCGCCAACGAGCAGAACGAUCACCAUGGGCAGCUGCCGCUGCACAACGAGGAUCAUCCAAUGGGGAAGCGGCGAGUAAUCUUCCAGCAUCUUCACAAUCAGUCUUUCCUGCCUUUUAUCGGGUUGUACAAGACGAUGGGGCUCCCGUCUAUAACGACGAUGCUUCGAACUUGGUUUCUCGGGUAGUUCCCUUUGGUGUGGUGCUGCUGGGUCAGGAUUUAUCCUGGCGAUAUUGCGAUGGAGAAAAGCGACUCAUGUUGCGCAUGCCCGAUGGAUGGAUCACCGAACAAACAGUCGAACGGAUUGUGGCAGUGCCAUUGGACGAACGAUAG